GAAUUUUCAAGAGUGAGAGGCUCGUUGGAAAUGUGCUGUGUUACUGUCCGAUGGACACGUGUAUUCAGAAAGCAGUGUUCAGUAUCCACCACCCUUCACGCCCCCAAUAACUCGCCUUUCCAGGCCCCCUCCUUUUUGCAUAGUCUGCAUCUGGGCCUUAGACCUUCUAGGCCCUGAAGAGAGGGAAAGAACUCUAUGGUAGCUACUGGAAAGUACCGGCCCCUUGCCUGGGGGAGUAAUUGGCUUAGUAUAAUACCAUUAGGUAGCCAGAAAUGGAAAGGAAAGUGAGCAGAAUUUGUCUUGCUUCUGAGCCCAACGUAACUUAUUUUCUGCAAGUGUGUUGGGAGGGAACGGUAGGAUCUGGUUUUGUUAUUACACUGACGGAUGGCCAUUCAGCAUGGACUGCGACAGUUUCUGAAUCGGACAUUUCCCAAGAAGCUGAUGACAUGGCUAUGGAGAAAGAAAAAUAUGUUGGGGAACUGAGAAAAGCAUUGAUGUCAGGAUCAGGAACAGCAGACACAUACAGGUUCAUCUUUUCUAAGGAGUCCUGCCAUUUCUCCCUUGAGAAAGAACUGAAAGAUGUCUCAUUUAGACUUGGUUCCUUCAACCUAGACAAAGUUCCAAACUCAACUGAAGUCAUUAGAGAACUCAUUUGUUACUGCCUGGACACCAUUGCAGAAAAACAAGCCAGAAACGAGCACCUGCAGAAAGAAAAUGAAAGGCUCCUGAGAGAUUGGAACGAUGUUCAAGGCCGAUUUGAGAAAUGUGUGAGUGCCAAAGAAGCCUUGGAGGCUGAUCUGUAUCAGAGAUUUAUCUUGGUGCUGAAUGAGAAGAAAACAAAGAUCCGAAGCUUGCAUAAGUUGUUAAAUGAAAUCCAGCAGCUGGAACAGAAUAUGAAACCUGAAAGGGAAACUACAUGUUCUGAAAAACCAACUGACCAAGAUGCAAUUUAUGAUGAAAGUACUGAUGAAGAAAGCGGAGCUUCUGAGCCGCCUGCAGCCACUCAUUGUAAAGAUGAUUCCUUAUUUUCAAGUCCCGAUGUCACUGAUAUUGCGCCAAGUAGGAAGAGGAGACAUCAAAUGCUGAGGAAUCUUGGGACAGAACCUAAAAUGACUCCGCCGGAGCCGCAGCUGCAGGAGAAGGAAAGGCUUGCCUCUUCACUGCCUCAAACCUUGAAAGAGGAGCACGCUUCUGCUGAAAACAUGUCUUUAGAAACCCUGAGAAACAGCAGCCCAGAAGAUAUCUUUGAUUAGAUACAAAUCCUAGAACCUGACUUUGGUGUUCAUUAAAGUACCUUCUUUAUCCAGUUCUUGCAAAUGAAAAGAGAGGCUUUCAACUUAGCAGCAAUGGUUACUACGUUGCAGCUUCAUCAUACACACACAGUGGAUUCCACAAGUGCAUGACAGUCUGAUUGGAUGACAGAGGGACACUUUUCUCUACCAUUCGUGUUGCCUAUUAAAUCUGAGUUUUGUUCCCAAGGGCACAUUUAUCAUAUUCCUUCACGUAUUAUUGUAACUCUCUAAUGAUUCUUGGAAGAUUUGGGGAAUAGGGCAAAAAAAAUCUUUAAAUGAUUCUUUUUGAAUUGCACUUUAAACAACAUGUUUGAAAAGUUUAACUUAUGAGGUGACACAUAUAAAAUAUAUCUUUAAGUUGUGUGUAAACAAUCUGGAAAUCUGAUAGUUAAUAAAAGUUUGUGUUCUUAAAGAAACUAUUAA